AUGUACUCCACAUCAGGGUUGGCCUUCGGGGUCUUGCUUCUCAGCGGGCAAGCCCUGUCACACGGCACAGUCUCCGGGAUAGAAAUUGACGGAGCCUUCAUCCAAGGGUACAACCCCCAACAACAGUACCAAAACCCACCUCCCCAGGUCGUCGGCUGGUCGAUCCCCAAGGACCUGUCCAACGGCUUCGUCGAGGACAUUACCAGCCCGGAUGUGAUCUGCCACGUUGGCGCCACGCCGGCUCCCAUCACAGCAAAGGCAACGGCCGGCUCGAAUGUGACUGUAUUCUGGACCAAAGAUUGGCCGGAAUCGCACCACGGGCCCAUGCUGGACUACCUCGCAGCGUGCCCCAACAACGACUGCGCGAACGUGGACAAGACGCAGCUCAAGUUUUUCAAAAUCGACGCAGUCGGGCUCGUCGACGGCUCCAGCCCGCCGGGGAAAUGGGGCUCUGACCAGAUGAUCGCUAACAACUUCUCGUGGACGACGACAAUCCCCGCAUCCAUUGCGCCGGGUCAGUACGUGCUGCGGCACGAGACCAUUGCUCUGCAUCAAGCCCAGUCCGCCGGUGGGGCACAGAGCUACCCGCAGUGCAUAAGCCUAGAUAUCCAAGGCGGUGGUACGGCGACUCCUGAGGGUGUUGUAGGCACGGCACUGUACAAGAAAGACGAAUCCGGUCUGGUGUUCAACAUCUAUACCCAGCAUGCGCCAUCGGACUACACUCCGCCCGGUCCAGCAGUCUUCACGGGCUGA